AAUGCCUAAGACAAUUAGUUGGCCUAUUUCCGUUUAUACAGUGUCGACGGAAACUCCUAUUCAGCGCCAUUGAAGCUAACCGCGAUGCUUGCUCCUGUUUGUUACCGUUUUCUCUUGUUCCAGUGUAUGAAUGGGCUUCGACAUAUAUAUGUUUGGGAUGCCAAACACUUCAUUUCGUUUCUGCGCUCCUCGGACUUCCGAUUCAGAGUUAGGGUUAGAAAAAAUCCUUCCCCCAAGCUGCCCAGCGUCUACGAGUAUCAUCGAUGCCCUGGUUUCGCAGGCAAGAAUGCAUGCAAAAACAUAUACAGAUGGAUGAAGCAAAGGGCAAGACAAGUGAGAAGGGAAGACAACGAAGCAAGAAGCGAAGACAACCGAGAUCAAGAAGGUAAGGUUGUUAUCUAGGAGGCCCAUGGAUCAGAAGGAAGGUGAGGAUCCUAUGUGGCAACGAGGGUCCCGAUUACUCUGAUUUGUGCAGCGUGAGCGAUAGGUGAUCGGCUUGCUGCUAAAUGGGCGGGAUAUCGGCAUUUAACUUGGAUGAUUGUUUGGAUACCUAUGUAUCAAACUCUGAGUAAAUUAUACUUGCCAUUUAGGCCAAAUCAGGUUGUUGAGAACGAUGGCGAUGUAGUAACAACCAUUCUUAAGUCGCAGAAAGAAGUUGUUGUUGAUGACCAGAUCAAGAGGAAGCUGGUUGAUGAAUUUUAAACCAAUGGGCAGAAGAAGAAACUUAAAUUCAAGAUCAAACAAGAAGUGCAGUAGGCAGAUUUCAAGAAAUCCAUGCUAAUGUGGAGGUGGAGGCGUGCAGCGUGCUUAGUGAGUGGCGGGCUGGCAUACUGUAGGCUCACUUGCUUGUGAUUCCAGGAAGAAGAAGACAGAUAAGGGUUAUUCGGGUACAACCAGCAGUUUUUUCAGCUAUUUUCCUUGGCACUGGACAAUCACUGGUCAUUAUAGAGUUAUGCAAAUCAAUCGGAAUGGAUCACUCCACUAAUCGACUGUUCAGAGCUAUAUCUUUAGUGGGAUGCUCAUGUCUCAUACCACUCCACUCGCUGUCCGAUCUCUCCACUUCCUGCCUCCAUAUUCCCGCUUGAUGGUUGCACCCCAAACGAUUUGGGGUUAGUAUUCUUGUUUAGAAGCUCAUCACCUCUCCACACCUGGUGUGCUUCUGAAAUUUCUCUCAUGAAGGUUCACUUUUUUUUAGGUCAGGGCAUUAGCUACAUUUCCCUGGUUUCGUCGAGUACGAGUGUUUACAAUUUCUAAUUUGUGCUGGAAUUUUAUUUCAAGUUGUAACUGGCAAUUAAUGGUUGAAGUAUACAUGAAUGCCCCAGAUCAAAGAAUUAGAAGAUGGACAGUUUCACAGCUUUAGUGAACUUGAUAUGAGGAAGUCGAUUCAAAUGGUAGCUUGUGUUGCCAUUGAAGCAAUCUCAAUACUAGACAAGUCGCACUCUCAAGGGAUUAGAUGGAAAGACAAAUUGGAAUAUUUUGAAGAAUGCUAAUGGCGGACUAAACCAGAUGAGAUUUGGGAUCUUGUUAUUUUUAGCAAUAAUGUAUCAUAUCUGGGAUAUGGUUGGUAUGGAUAAACUCAUGGAGGCAGUUGCCUGGGUAUUUGGCAAAACUCAUAGGCCUAGCUGGGGAGACUAAUGUAUAGGGUGAAGAACAAAACAAACUGGAUGUGCUCUUCAAUCAAGUAUUUAUCAAAGCUUUGAUUGGCAGUGGCCAAGCUGUACAAAUAGACCCGUUGCAAUAGCAUAUCAGAACCGGCUAAUUUGAUCGUGAAUCAAUCAGGAUGUUUUCUUUUGGACUGAAAUUUGCUGGUCUGGUCUGUUUAAGUCUGGUCUGGUCUGAACUCGUCUGGUCUGUUUAAGUCUGGUCUGGUCUGGUCUGAUCUGUUUAAGUCCGGUCUGGUCUGGGACUGAAAACAGUCCAAAAGAAAACAUCCUCAAUCGAUCUUGAACUAGCAUAUAUUGGG